UUCCUGCAGGAAUGCUACUCCCCCUGUGUGGGUUUCCAUUCGGAAUACCAGUUCCUGAGCAUGGUGCAAGGAUCAUAGGAUGGUUUAGUUGGAAGGGGCCUUAAAGCUCAUCUUGUUCCAACCUUCAGAGGAGACCCAGAACCCUGUUGGGGGCAUUCAGAGCAGCCACCUGGCAUGGUGGGCACCAAGUCCAGCACCCACCACUGGCAAAAAAUUUAAAGGACUUAAAUUUAAAGAUUUAAGUUUAAAGGAUAUAAUUUUAAGGGAUUUGAACGUGCUGCACAACACGGAUGUGCUGGGAACUCAUGGAACACGGUGUGACGUCUCGGUGUGACGGUUGUCCUGUCACUGCCCCUCAAGCUGCUGCCACCAGAUAACGCCCGGCCAGGGACACGGAGCCACCCAAGGAAGCACGUCCCAACACCCAUCUGGGGGGACAGGGUGAGGAAGGGAGAAACAUCCCUGCUUUCAGCUGGGAUUCCUCAGCUGGCUGACCUCCCUUCUGGAAGCCGAUCACUGCUCCGGGCAUCUUCACGGGUCUUGGAGCAGAGCAAGGGAAGCAUCAGAGCAGGAUAUUUUUAGAUGCUCUUUGUGCUCAGAGAGCAAAACCACACUGUGGUUUAACGGCCAUUAGCUGCUGGGCAUGUUGGGAAAGCUGAAAUAAGGGCUCAGGAUUCAGAGAGAUGUUGGACACCAUGGGAUGGAGCAGCUUUGCAGACACGACGGCGAUUUUUGGGCUGAGCAUCGCAGCGAAGAUCCCCGGAGGAGCCUGCCUGUGGGAUUCCAGGAUCCGGGCAAUCCAGCCUGUUUAGCUGCCACGUGGACAGUCAGCGGGGCCGAGGUGGCCCAUCCCCUGAGUGGGUGCAUUCCCACUGUUUGUGGGGUGACAUUGGCUCCGAUGGCUGUGGAGGAGAUGUGGGAAGAGAGCGGACGAGAGAUCCGCAUGUCAGACCAGAACAGCACCGACGAUGGGGAGUCAGACCCCCAGCACAGCCUGUCUAUGGUCUUCCUCCUCGUCCUGGUCUUCUUCAUCAUGGGGCUGGUGGGUUUCCUGAUCUGCCAUGUCCUGAAGAAGAAGGGUUACCGGUGCCGGACCUUCCGGGACGAUCUUGACCCAGAUAACAAAGAUGUGCUGGCAGAGCUCCAGGACAAUGAAGAGGAGGAGCUGAACGAGGACACCGUGGAGAAGAUCGUGAGGUGCAUCAUACAAAACGAAGCAAAUGCAGAGGCUCUCAAGGAGAUGCUGGGGGAAAAUGAAGGGGACGUCCCAGUGCCAGUGAGCCUUUGUCCCCACAGCCAGGAUGGGGGCCCACCACACCACCACACAGUGCACCUGGGCUCCACACAGGCCCCCUGCAUCCACUGCAGCCGCAGGAAGAGGCCCCCACUGCAGCGACAGGGACGGUCCAAGGAGGGCAAAGGCCGGAUGCAUCCCGGAGAGACCACCGUCUUCUCAGUGGGCAGGUUUCGCGUCACACACAUCGGGAAGAAACCCGCUGUCCAAGAGCAGCAGGACGGCCCCCUGCCCGACGGCAGCCGGGAGCUGAGCACGGAGGAGCUGGAGCACAGCAGCGACCGGCUCCAGCGGGAGCGGGCCCUCAAUGGGACUGUCCCCACGGGGGAGCUGCAGAACGGAGACAUCCAGAGCGGCAAAGGUGUGGAGCAGAGCCUCUCCACCACCCCGGCCCCCAACACACCCGCCAGCUCUGGCACUCGCGACAGCCGUCGAGCGGGCACGGGGUCCGGCAGGGCGGGCUCGCCGCAGGAUGCUGGCACUGCUCCCGGGAGCCUGAGCCGCCAGAGGAGGCUCCUGAGCCAUCCGGCGCUGGGAGGGUCGAGUCCCAGCAUCCCGGGAGAGCUGGCGCGGGAAGGAGCCGGCAUGUGCCUGGAGGAGGUCGGACUGGGGUCGGCAGAUGAAGUGUCGGAUAUUCACGGGAGCCUGAGUCUGCACGAACAGGCUGAGGAGUUGGGGAGAGACGACAGCAGCAGGAGACAGCCUGGAGUGGAGGACCAGGAGCAGCAGGAGCCCAGCGCCCCGGAGAAGGACUGGAAAUCAACGGUGUGACCUCCUCUCCGCUCCCGGCUGGAGCGUGGACAGGAGGCGCGCAGCCCCCGGCCCCCACGCCGGGCGGGGGGCUCUGCCGUGGGGCAGCCGCGGGGCAGCCGGCCCCGGCCCCGGGUGGGCAGCUACGCGCUUGGCAUGGCCGGAGCGACGCGCCGGCGCUACCGACAACCGCGCUCGGCGCCAGACCUCAUCCCAUUGGCAAUAAGUACCCGAUCCCACCCACCGCACCCGCCCCGGAGACCCCCCCGGGGGGCGGGCGGGCAAGGCAGGGGCAGGACAGCACCCUGCCCCCGCUGCCCACCCGGCCCCUGCGGCCCCCCCAGCUCCGGGGCAAGGAUCAGAGCGGGGGCUGCAGCGAGGGGCGGGGAUGGAGGCAGCGGCUCGGGCCCCCCCGGGCGGGGGGCAGCACCCCCCCACCCACCCGGCACGUUCACUGCAGAGCACAGCCCCCCCGGGCACCCCUGCCACGCAGAGCGGGCACAGGCACAAAUCCUGCACCGGCGAGGGACCCUGCCGGUCCCCGGGGGAUGCUGGCGGAGACAGGAGCUUCCAGCCCCAUCCCAGCACAGAGGGGCCGGAGCCCGGCCCAGGGGCGGGAUCACCCCCUGGCCAGGCCAGCGGGCAGCCCCGGUGCCUGCCCGAGCUUCGGUGUAACCGCCCUGUACAUAGACGAGCUACAACCAUUAAAGCUGCUGAACCCCU